CUUCCUCCCAUCCAGCCUUCCUCACCCGCCCACCAGUUGAUUCCUGCUUAGUGCUAUGUGGCGAUAAGAGCAGAGACGAAACGGGACAGAAGGCCUAAACAGCCCUUUCCUCUCAAGAUUUGGUCUUUUGUUGUUUCAUCUUCUGAUUCUGCAGUUUCACUCCGUAACAACUACGAUGCUCCACCUGACCGCAGGGCGCGUGGGAAGCCUCCUUGGUAGGCGCGCGACAGCCACCUUCACCACCAGCAGCGCGAGGAUGGCGAGCCACGAUGUGGCAGAGACUGUGGACAUGUCUCAGCCUCUGUACUGGGACCGUGUGGACAUCCCUCUGCCCGACAAACCCUACAAAACUGCACUCACCGCUACUGACAAGAGCCUGAAACAGAAGGAGAAAGGACCCUGGAAUCAGCUGUCCAAAGAGGAGAAGAUUGCCCUGUAUCGGCUGACGUUCUGCCAGACCUUCCCUGAGAUGACGCAGCCGUCAGACGAGUGGAAGACUGUCCUGGGAGGCGUCUUCAUCUUUCUGGGCUUCACUGGCCUGGUGGUGUGGUGGCAGAAAGUCUAUGUCUACCCUCCGCGCCCCAGGACCUUCGAUGACGAUUGGCAGGCCAAACAGGUGAAGAGGAUGUUGGACAUGAGGAUCAAUCCCGUCCAGGGCUUCUCCUCCAAGUGGGACUAUGAGAAGGGCCAGUGGAAGUAAAGAGGCGGCUGGACUGUGGCUGAGGUGGCACCGAGUUUGGACCUGUCACUCCAGAGCACGGCUUUGUUCCACUCUGUGAAGCUGCUGUUGAAGUCAAGCUGACUUUGAAUGUUGUGUUAUGAAUGUUAAAAACCACUAGAAAGAUGAAGCUAAUCCACUGUUAGCAUCUCUGGGGUAAUUUUACUCUGUGACUCCUUUGCUCUCAGUCAGUUACCUCGUCUACAACCACUGCAGCCUCCUGUUAUGGUGGUGACUGUGUCCGUCCAGGUGUAAACAUAUAAUAAUAAAGUUUUGCUUGUG